AUGCAAAGCCCGGUGCUGUCGAAUGGCAUGGACUGGACGAUGCGAAAUGCGGCACUCCGUUCGACUAAUACCACUGAAGAAUUUGUUCCAAAACUUACCAUUCUGGCGCCACAGAUCGUGUUUUUUGUGAUUACAAAAUUUUGGGUGAAAAAUUUUUUUCGCGAACAAGUGAUUGAUUACUGUCGGCACAUUGUGCGUUCAUGCUCCUCGCUCUAUGAAUUGUGCAUGUGA